UAGUUUGAUAAUGUUGUAAGCGAAAAGAGAAGUAAAAGCUUUGUUUCCAUGUGUGAGCCGCCGGAGGGAGCUGUGUGAGCGCUCGGUGCAGGGCCGCGGCGUUAAAUGCGAGGGUGUGAUGGUGGAGGAUAUGGCAUCCACAAUGAUGGAAGAUUUCUGCUUACACAUCAACAUGAAGAUUUCAAAGUUCUUUCAAUUAAAAAAAAUAGGUGAAGAAAAAUGCCUCAAACCUUAUGUCCGUAAAAUAGGAAAAGACAUGAUCCUCUUGAAUGAUCUCCUGGAUAAAAUGGAAAAUGAAGUUAAUCAGCAAGAAAAACUGAAGAAUUUGCUACAAGAGCUCCAGCAGGCUACUGAGAGAGAUCUAAAUGAAGCACAGCACCUCCUUGAACACGUUCCUCCCCACCUGCCUAAGCCAGCUCAGAACUGCGUCACCGUGCCAACUGUGAAACACGAAGAACAAACAAAAGUGGCAGAACCUGAACCUGCUAAGAAACCUGCAAAAGAGAAAAGAGUCAUUAAAGAAAUACCAUUAAUAAUGGCAGAAGAAUUUGAAGCUGUUCCUGCCUUUCAAAAUUUUCAGAUCUACCUGAGAGACUUGAAUCCUGGCAACUCGGUCCGCCUGCUCAUUGUUAUGAUGCUCCUCAUUAGCCUGUUUCUUGCGUACAUGAGCAUCUACGUGACGGACCUUCAUGCUCAGCUUCUCUACCCGGCUAACCCCUCUCCCUGCGUGAUGACCGCCAGAGCCCAACAGCGCCCCCUGCUGACCACGACAGAGUACUGCAGGCUCUACACCUUCAGGGAUCCAACAGUGCCCCCUGCAGGCAACGACAGAGUACUGCAGGCCCUGCAUGUCUAG